AUGAGAUCCUUCUUAUUCUCGAGUUACCCGGCGCAGCCCGCCCCAUCUUCUCCCCCCCCUUCUCGUCCUUUCAAAGCAUACCGUUCUCAUAACCAGACGACCUCGGCAAAACCUAUAUCAUACGACGCGCUUAGUGUUGAGCCAUCUGCUUUACGUCGUAGCCGGCUAACACCCAAGUAUGCGCCGAGCACAGCGGAGGACGUCCAAGACGAACAAGACAUCGCAGUUUCAGUCACCAUACAAUCCGUUGGCUCGGCCUCUUCGAGUUGCUCAUCUACCAGCUCAGCAUCUUCAGACUUUGAUGCUGCAAUGUCAAUACGAACCGCAGUUAACUGGGAAGCUAGCAUUACGCUACCUCCGUCGAGCUCCCCCGGCACCACCACCUGUCUGCGUAGACCGACAACGCCGACGAGUCCUGUCCAGAUCCCCAAGCGAAGCCAUCGUGACGCCCGUCACCAUGUAAAGCUGGAAACUUCACAUCAUCGACGAACCCCCAAAAAUUUUCAUACUCCAGAUUCGAUUUCGCCGUCUGUUGCAGCCCUCCUUGCCGUGACUGACAUCCCGCGACCCCAAAGACGACGACGCAAGGCCGAUUCGCCUCUUACCGUUGAUGAGAUUGUGAACGACCAACAUGUAUCGGAAAAAGAGCUUAGUUUGUCUCUCAGUCGGAGACCUAUGGACUUACUGUUGUCGCCACCAGAAGAUUUGAUGGAUGAUGAUUUCAGCGCCACUGAGAGCAACAUGGGCUCAAUGCUUGCCAGGACUACUUCCGCAGACUCUGUUCCAUCGCUCGGAGGAGAGUCCUUUGCUACCGAUGUGUGCUCUUCAGUUGAUACGCCUGCAAGCAUUGGUGUCUCGGCGCGGCGUAAGCACAGCCCGGUGCGCAGGUCCCUGGAACCUAUUCAGUCGCCAUCCGAAGAUGGUGCCGAGGAGCAUCCUCUUGCGGUCGUUGACAACCUUGGCCUGGAAGAUCUGAAGAUGCCAGCUGCCGAACUUUCAGAUGAGGGGUCCACUUCAUUCUUGCAGCCUUUCAAGCCGCUGCGGUCUGCAUUCAAAUCAAAUUUGACAGCUUCUUUACGAGCCUUGCGCUCGGCAGCCAAGUCUUUUUCAAGCAUCAACUUCCCGUCCAUUCCGCCGGAUGACUUUCUCACUCGGUCUAUUCUUACAAUUGACCCGAAUGUUCCAUACAUGGAUGAACGACGCCCGCCGAUGACUGAGGAGAUGCCAUCGGCUGAAUUACGCCGCUAUCUCAACCCUACGACAAGUGCUCACAUCGACCCUCAACCAAAGACACGCGCAGGCGCUUUUUCAGCUUCGAUUCAAAUGCAAACCUACAAGGUCCAGCGUUCUCAAUCCGCCCCACCGUCACAGCGCACGGCCUAUACUGCUGGCAACCCGUCCAAGUCUGCAUCCGCCCCCAAUCAACACCCAGGCAGGCCAGGCCAACAGGCUUUUGCCGUCCCAGGCAUGCGCCAGCGAGAAAUGCGGGAGAAUCCCGACUUUAUCCGUAUUGCAGUAAUGGAAAUGGCGAUGCGGCGCCGAGGCAAGCUUGACAAUCAGAAGCCAGGCCGGGCUCGCUGGGCUCUCCCGCCACGCAAAGCAUCACUGAAGCCCUACGAAGUUGGCUCGAAUGGUGUUCCGGCAAGGUGGGUACCUCUGACGCAUCCGUGCUAG